UUUCCCAACAUGAGUGAAUGGGUCUACACUCCGGCCAACUGUGGAUUAGAGUUCUAGGUGCUUUGUAUUCUCGCCAGCAUUUGUUCAGCCUGUACUCAUUUUGCAGAGAAGGCAACGGAGGCUCAGAGAGAGGGGCAAGUGCUGCCUCCCCGUCAGGGAGGCAGUCUGGGUCCUUCUUGCUAGAAGCCUGGUAACCCACCUCCUCUCUUCUCCUCCCUCGAACCUCCAGCAACCUGCCCGCACUGUGCCCUCCCAGCCUGGCUGUGGGGUGGGGUGGGACAGAGAGGGUCACGUGGAGUUGGGUUCCGAGGGAGGAAGCCAGGCGGGGUGCAGACGGCUGCUGAUUCUGGGGCUGGUCAGGAAACCAAGGAGACCCCCCCCCCCCCACAACCAUGGACCCACCGUCGCCAAGCCGGACCUCCCAAACCCAGCCCACAGCCACCUCUCCGCUGACUUCCUACCGCUGGCACACAGGGGGCGGUGGGGAGAAGGCGGCUGGAGGGUUCCGCUGGGGCCGCUUUGCUGGCUGGGGCAGGGCCCUGAGCCACCAGGAGCCCAUGGUCAGCACCCAGCCAGCCCCUCGCUCGAUAUUCCGUCGGGUCCUAUCUGCGCCUCCCAAGGAGUCACGGACCAGUCGCCUUCGACUCUCCAAGGCCCUCUGGGGGAGGCAUAAGAACCCACCGCCGGAGCCAGACCCGGAGCCGGAGCAGGAGGCCCCAGAGCUGGAGCCGGAGCCAGAGCUGGAGCCCCCUACCCCACAGAUCCCUGAGGCCCCCACACCCAACGUGCCUGUCUGGGACAUUGGGGGCUUCACCCUGCUUGAUGGGAAGCUGGUGCUGCUUGGAGGAGAGGAGGAGGGUCCUCGAAGGCCCCGGGUGGGAAGUGCUAGCUCCGAGGGCAGCAUCCACGUGGCCAUGGGGAACUUCAGGGAUCCAGAUCGGAUGCCUGGAAAAACAGAACCAGAGACUGCUGGUCCCAACCAGGUCCACAACGUUCGGGGGUUGCUCAAGAGGCUGAAAGAGAAGAAAAAGGCCAGGUUGGAGCCCCGGGAUGGACCCCCCAGUGCUCUGGGCUCUAGGGAGUCGCUGGCCACACUCUCUGAACUGGACCUGGGCGCCGAGCGGGAUGUGCGGAUCUGGCCACUGCACCCCAGCCUCCUGGGGGAGCCCCACUGCUUUCAGGUAACCUGGACGGGUGGAAGCCGCUGCUUCUCUUGUCGCUCGGCCGCUGAGAGAGACCGCUGGAUCGAGGACCUUCGUCGCCAAUUCCAGCCCACCCAGGACAACGUGGAGCGGGAAGAGACAUGGCUGAGCGUGUGGGUGCACGAAGCGAAGGGGCUUCCCCGGGCAGCGGCGGGGGCACCCGGCGUGCGCGCCGAGCUGUGGCUGGAUGGCGCGCUGCUGGCACGCACGGCGCCUCGGGCCGGCCCAGGCCAGCUCUUCUGGGCCGAGCGCUUCCACUUCGAGGCGCUGCCACCGGCACGUCGCCUGUCGCUGCGGCUGCGCGGCUUGGGCCCGGGAAGCGCGGUGCUGGGCCGCGUGGCCCUGGCGCUGGAGGAGCUGGGCGCCCCACGCGCGCCUGCCGCCGGUCUGGAGCGCUGGUUCCCGCUGCUCGGGGCGCCGGCGGGCGCAGCGCUGCGGACGCGGAUUCGGGCGCGUCGCCUGCGCGUGCUGCCGUCCGAGCGCUACAAGGAGCUGGCGGAGUUCCUCACCUUCCACUAUGCGCGCCUCUGCGGGGCCCUGGAGCCCGCGCUGCCUGCGCAGGCCAAGGAGGAGCUGGCGGCAGCCAUGGUGCGCGUGCUGCGGGCCACCGGCCGGGCGCAGGCGCUGGUGACUGACCUGGGCACUGCGGAGCUGGCGCGCUGUGGAGGCCGUGAGGCGCUGCUGUUCCGGGAAAACACAUUGGCCACCAAGGCUAUCGAUGAGUACAUGAAGCUCGUGGCACAGGAUUACCUCCAGGAGACCCUGGGACAGGUUGUGCGGCGUCUCUGUGCUUCUACUGAGGACUGUGAAGUGGACCCCAGCAAAUGUCCAGCCUCGGAGCUGCCAGAGCACCAGGCCAGACUUCGGAACAGCUGCGAGGAGGUCUUCGAAACCAUUAUCCAUUCCUACGACUGGUUCCCUGCGGAGCUGGGCAUCGUGUUCUCAAGCUGGCGAGAAGCAUGCAAAGAACGUGGCUCUGAGGUGCUGGGCCCCCGACUGGUGUGCGCCUCCCUCUUCCUGCGGCUCCUGUGCCCUGCCAUCCUGGCACCCAGCCUCUUUGGUUUAGCACCAGACCAUCCAGCACCCGGCCCAGCCCGCACCCUCACACUGAUUGCCAAGGUCAUCCAGAACCUCGCCAACCGUGCCCCGUUCGGUGAGAAGGAGGCCUACAUGGGCUUCAUGAAUAGCUUCCUGGAGGAACAUGGACCAGCCAUGCAAUGCUUCCUGGACCAGGUGGCCAUGGUGGAUGUGGAUGCUGCCCCCAGUGGUUACCAGGGCAGUGGUGAUCUGGCCCUCCAGUUAGCUGUCCUGCAUGCCCAGCUCUGUACAAUCUUUGCUGAGCUUGACCAGACAACCCGAGACACCCUGGAACCGCUGCCCACCAUCCUGCGAGCCAUUGAGGAGGGCCAGCCUGUGCUUGUGUCAGUGCCAAUGCGUCUCCCACUGCCCCCGGCCCAGGUCCACUCCAGCCUCUCCGCAGGGGAGAAGCCCGGCUUCCUGGCCCCCCGGGACCUCCCCAAGCACACCCCUCUCAUCUCCAAGAGCCAGUCUCUGCGCAGCGUUCGCCGCUCAGAGAGUUGGGCCCGGCCACGGCCGGACGAAGAGCGGCCCCUGCGGCGGCCCCGGCCGGUGCAGCGCACGCAGAGUGUCCCGGUCCGGCGUCCUGCCCGCCGCCGCCAAUCUGCGGGGCCCUGGCCGCGACCCAAAGGCUCCCUGAGCACGGGACCAGCGCCCCGCGCCCGGCCUUGGACCCGGGACUCCGCCUCGCUGCCUCGGAAGCCGUCGGUACCCUGGCAGCGCCAAAUGGACCAGCCGCAAGACCGAAACCAGGCACUGGGCACGCACCGACCUGUGAACAAGUUGGCAGAGCUGCAGUGCGAGGUGGCCGCUCUGCGUGAGGAGCAGAAAGUGCUCUCCCGCCUCGUGGAGUCGCUGAGCACCCACAUCCGGGCCUUGACGGAGCAGCAGGAGCAGCUGCGGGGCCAGCUGCAGGAUCUGGACUCCAGGCUCCGUGCUGGGAGCUCAGAGUUUGAUUCAGAGCACAACCUAACAAGCAAUGAAGGGCACAGUCUGAAAAACCUGGAGCACCGCCUAAAUGAGAUGGAGAGAACUCAGGCUCAGCUGAGGGAUGCUGUCCAGAGCCUGCAGCUUUCUCCAAGGACGCGGGGGUCUUGGAGUCAACCCCAGCCCCUCAAAGCACCCUGCCUCAAUGGAGACACCACCUGAGCUGCCCAUCCUGCCUCAUCACACGUGGUCUGGGAGCAGAGAGAUAGCCAUCUUAGGGGGGGUGUCUGACCUUGCCUUAGCCCUACUUGGCCUACAGUGGGGAGUGGAGCUGCUGGUCCCAACCACUCUGGCAGUAUGAAGUUGCCCAGUAAAAUCUUGAUUUCAGUGAAA